AUGGACACGAGGAGGCGAGCGUUCAAGAGCCCCGGCCAGCAAUACAAGGGGAUCCUCGAUGUCGUUACCCGCUACGCCGUCCACUUCGGCGACAGGGGUGUAUCCUUCACCUGCAAGAAACACGGUCAGCCCGGCCCCGACCUACACACGCCUCCGAGGUCCAGCUGCCUGGCGAACAUCCGGGUGGCGUUCGGGCCGGCGCUGUCGCGGGAGCUCGUGGAGUUGGAGUGCUCCCAGGCCGAGGAAUUGCUUGACCAGGGGGUGGACGGAGGCGGCGCCAUCGCCGAUGUUUGGCGGUUCACUCGUCUUUGGGGUUGA